CCUUUUAUUUCACGUUUUUCAGUCGGAUCAUCGGAAAAAAUAGAGCUUGGAAAUGAGUGAAAUUAACGUAAUCAUUAAGACAACAAGAUAAUGCUAUCGGGGAGGCAUUAAUCAGAACAAUUCAUACGAUACACACAGAUCGUGAUGGGACUGUAGUCAUUGGAAUAGACUGCAUGAGGAUCUUUGGGAGGUUUUCUUUUACUUAUUUGUGGCCAAAAUGUGUAAGCAGCUCAGAAAAUUAAGUGUGAUACUAUGUUUAUUGCUCAUCGUUUCAACGAGAGCAGACGACAAUCCUGACGAAAAUUUCUCAAAUUUCGAGACGUCCGUCGACGUUUGCAACAAAUGUGAGUGCAACACCUACUCCGACCUGUUUUUCCUCAACUGUAAGAGCCGAGACAUGCACCAUACCCUCAGCAACUGGCCGAGCCACGAGAACAAGACAUUGAGAGCGACAUUCAGCUACAACAUCAUAACCAGCCUGGAGAAAUUCCCUUCUAGUAACUGUUCGGCCAUGUUAACUCUGUCCCAUUGCAGCAUAAAAUACUUGGCGCCGGGUCUUUUCGAAAAUAUGAAGAACGUCAGCUAUGUGGACUUCAGUUACAACCUCCUGACCGGUGACCAGGUCUCUAAAGAAAAAUUCAAAGGUCCCUAUAACAACAAGGAAAACGAACCAAUAGAGAUCAGACAUUUGAACUUGGCCUAUAACCGGAUUCACUCGCUGAAAAAAUCCCUCUUCGAGCAUAUGCCUAGACUGAAGCACCUCAGUUUGGAGGGAAACCGUUUUAAAAUUCUCGACCUGCAAACGCAGGCGGCUCUGACUUCCGUGCCUAAUCUAGAGUAUCUGAAUUUAGGAAACAACGGCCUGAGAGAACUGCCCAGGGAAUUGUUCAAGGAACUGAGGAAAUUGUUGGAGAUCAACCUGUUCAAAAACCAGUUUGAGCAGGUCCCCGAUGUUCUGGCUAACGUUGACGCCUUGGAAGUGCUCAUUUUGGAUUCUAACCUCAUUUACGAACUGACAGAUGGAACAUUCGCAGGUUUUGACAAUUUGAUUGAGUUAUCGCUCAACAACUUGACAAACGUGGUCGAAGUACAUGCUAAUACGUUCACUCCUUUGAAAAAAUUGAGGAAAUUAUUCAUGUCCGAUAAUAAGUAUUUGGAGGUAAUAGAAAAUGACGCUUUUGGUAGAGGAAAUGGUAUGUCGAUAAGGGAGCUCUAUUUGAACAACAACAAUCUGAUGGACAUUCCUUCGGUACUUCUGGACUGGCCCAGCCUGCACGUUUUCGAAUUUAACGGUAAUCCGCUUCUGUGCAGCUGCAACCUGUACAACAUCUCCAAGAGCCUGGAUAAAAGGAUAACAAGAUUGAAGGCAGGACCAUACUGCAUUGGAGACGAAGAAAUGAGCUUUCAAGUAUUCUCUAUAGACGAUAAAGUAUGCAGGGAAGGCUACCUCGCAAGUUUAUCCUUCAGGAACGACUUCAGACGAAAGUUCUCGGCUAUCAGAGUGGUUCUGAUCACAGUAAGCCUAGUCGCCUUGACGGCCACCUUUGUCGCGAUCGUUGUCUGUUUCGCGAAACAGAGGAAGUACGGCAUCCUGGGCCAGAACCAGUUCUCGAGAAGUACAACCAUACUAUACAACCCAUUGAGCAGGCAGCCGACAUUGUGAUGUGCGCUGAUCAAUCCGAAAUUUUUUUUUUUUCGGUACAGCGCGUUUUUUUUUUCUUUCCACGCAUUUUCACAGGAAAAAUACAUAUUUGUUCUUGAUUCCUAUUUUUGAUGUACAAAGGAGUGGAUAUUUUCUAUAUAUUAGUUUUUAAUGAACAGAAAUAAAGAAAUUCAAAGAAAAA